AUGGGCAGUUACCUGGGCAGGCCGGGGUCCCAGCCGUCGUCUCCCGCGCAGGCGCGCACGGACUCGACCGAGAGGCCGCGGAACCGCCGGCCGGCUCAGCCCCUUCAUCAAGUCCACCGGCUUCCGGCCGUCCACCGCGCCCACCCGGCCCUGCGGCACCGACCUGCGAGGAGGCAGCCAAAACGGGAUCCUGCCAGUCCCAUCGCGUGGGCGGUCCAUGAGGCUUGGAGGCGCUUUCCCAUGGAGAGGUCCCGGAAUUCCAUCGUGGGGCCUCGUCCCUCGGACUGGUGGGACAGUUACGUCCAGCGGACUCUCUGGUCUCUCCGGCACGCCAGGGCAGCAGGGAGCCCGGUGACCGUCAAGAUAGCUCCUCCUGAGCCGAGAGCGCUUCCCACCACUUCUCCCGCAGAGGACAUCGACUCUGCAGGGUCUUCACCCUCUGAGAAGCCCCCAGACCCGUGUGCAAAGGAGACGGUGCUCAGGGCCCUCGGAGAGUGCAAGAAAGGGCGAGUGAGGUCUGAUGAGCCACUGUUUCCCGAGGACUCACACAGUGAAAUCAGGAGUCCAGACACCAGAGCAUCCGCAUUUAGGCCCCUGGUGAAACACGGAGCUCUCACUUCUUUUGUGCCCAGGCCUGGGCCUCUGAAGAGAAGCCUCAAGCCGUGGAGUUCGGAUCGUAGCAUGAUGAAGAGGCCUAGUUGCUCCUCCCUGAGCUCCUUGGCCAGCACACACACAGGUGGCCUGCUCGGCUCCAGAAGAAAUGCGAUCGCAAGUUCUUACAGUUCUUCGAGAACUUCCUCUGAGCUCUGGAAGAGAAGUGUUUCCAGAGUGUCCCUACAGACUCCAGAAUGGCCAAUAAAAAAGGCAGAAAAGGGUCAUCGGUCUCACUCACCAGUCUCACUGGAAUCAGACGGGUCCCCAGAAGCAUCUGGCAGCUCUGGGCUGCUCUCUAGUCCUGGGGACCUGCUGGCACCGACCCCACCUCCCCAGCUUCGUGAACUCCAGGGGAGCAAUAAAGCCGGAGAGGAGACAACCGACCUCACCACAGACUCUGUCCCUGAGACGGGCUCUGCUCUUCAGCCUUCCCUGCCUCUCGCCCUGCCUUCUGCAGGCCCCACUCCAACCCAGGGCCCAAAUCCACAGCUGGAGAGCCUCACAGAAAUGCAGGAGUCUCCCCUGGCCCUCCCACCAGCCACGGGAGAGGCAGUCUCCCUGAAGGAGGGCGGCCCGCUGUCCUCCCAAGGCUGCUCACGGUCAGAGCCCCCUUCAGGCACCUCUUCAGACUCCAGACCCAUGUCAGCUUUCAUCCUUCUGACCUCUGUUUCUCCCACAUCACCGGCGACUGAUGCCACAUGGCCCCCUCCAUCCUCUCAGGCCGAGGGGACUGCUGGCAGCCCUGCGGUGCUCCCCGGGCUGAGUCCUCUGUCCGGAAUGAGCAGCCCAGCGCCCCAUCUUCCUGCCUCUGUACCUCCUGAAGCCACAGCUUCUGCUGACCCCACGUCAAACCCCAUGUUGGGGCUCCCACCCAAGAGUGAGAUCGGAGUCUCUUCAUAUUCCACAACUUCAGUGGCCACUACAACAUCUUCAAGCAUCCUGACUCCCACCUCUGAGCCUAUGUUGGAUGGCAUAGGACCCGUUAAAGCCCUGCCCAUGAUCGCUCCUUUCUCUUUCGAGCAGACCUCUCCUCUAGCUUCUCCUGCUUCAACCCACCUCCUCCAUGGCCCAGUCAAGGCUCUCUCUGGCAUCAUGGCCACCCCCGCCAAAGACCGUUCUUUCGUGCCACCAUUGGAUUUGGCCAUUGUGAAUGUUACCGGUACCCCCGGCAACACUUACUCCACCCCUUCGACCAGCCACUCCUUCCUUCUUGGGGCUACCUGUGCCUUCAGGGCCAGCUUCACCCCGACCACAAGCUUCAUCUUCCCAGCACACCCGCGUACUACUGUUCCUACCGUGCACACGGUCACCAUCUUUAGCCAGGUUCUUUCCAGCGCUGUGCAGAUAUCCCCUAGGAAAAGCACUGCCAGCUCGCAGGGUGUGGGCUGUCCUCUGUCAGCCUCAGCCCUGGUAGCUUCGCCCCAGCCCUCAUUACCAUCCAGCAUCUCCGCUCCCAUAUCCACACUCGGGUCUCCCUCAGCGGCCGGCUCAGGGCCACUCUUCCCGUGCUCCCCAGGAGCCACUCUCCAGCAGGCAUGGGGGGCUACAUGUGGGCAGAAGCAAGGGGUCCCACAACCAGCCCUUGGCCCAAGCCUCAGUAGCCCUUUCAUUUUUGGAAACUCAGCUGCGGCCUUCCCCACCCCAACCCCCGCUCCGGCUCAGCCAGCCUUAAGCAGUACUGCGAAGUCACCCUCUGGGGGUUUGACAGCCUUGGCCUCCGCCUGUCCCCUCCCUGCUGGCAUCUGGCCAAACUUUGGCAGCACUGUGGCAGGGGUUCCCUCUGGCCAAGCAAGUAAGACUGGUUUGGGGGUUGUGGCCCAGACGCACCAGAAUGUGGCCUGUGGCUCUGUGUUUGGCAGCACAGCCCCACCCCCUUUUGCUUUUGGGGGAUUAGUGACCCCUAUGGACUGUGGGGACUCUGGGGUCAGUGGGACUGGUCCGGACAGGAGCUCCAAUCCCGGGACGUUCAACACUGGAGGAGUGCCAAGUGGGACCCUUGGCGCCACCUCACCUUUUGGAAAGGGCUGGAGCCAGAACAGCCCAGGCCUGGCCAACCAGAGGCCACCUUUUGUCUUGGGGAGGGCCAGCAUUUCUGCAGGAAAAUCUAUGUUUGGGGGCCCCUGCAUGGCCCCCUUUGCUCAGAGCACCCCUGUCCCUGGGCCAGUAACGACAAGCAGCAGCUUCAACUUUGGGAUGUCCUCUCCACCUGCCCAGGGUUGUGCCGGGAGAGGAACUUUCAGAUCACCAGCCUCUUCAUUUUCCAUUGGUGCAAAAUCAAAAACCCCAAAGAACCGGGACCAAGGGCAUUCCCGAAGGCAUGCCCACAGGAAAUAGCCUGUGUCCCCCUCCCCUGAUCUGGACAUCAGGAUUGUGAAGAGCCUUGGGGGUCUUCCAAUUCUCUACAGCAAACGACUCCCAGAUCUCAGGCUAGAACUUUACAUAUUCACCGUGUGGGUCCCAAUCUGCAACCUAGAAGAAGGUGAAGAGCCAAGGUAUCUAGCAGUAAUGGCAGAAUGAAACCGAGCGGGACCGAACCUUCACAACUAAGAACUGUCCCUUCUCGCCUCUGUCUGUCGGGGUGAGAGUGGUCAGGACACUGCCCUGACUUUCUCCUCGGGAACAGACAUGCCAGGAAGGCAGCAA